AUGCAAUGCCCAACGACUAUUUCACUUAAUGAUUUACAUAUUAUUGACAACGCUAAUAAUAUCGUUCGUUGGCAUAGAAUGUCUCAAUGUCCAAUUUGUUUGCAACCGAUACCCUAUGACGAACGACGAGUAUUAGGAGGCAAAGUUUUACAUAGCGGUUGCACCGUUUGUGUUGUAUGUCAUAAAUCAAUUGGUGAAGGAGCUUUUGAGCAGGAGAAUGAUAAUAUUUUUUGUAUCAAUUGUUAUAAUGAUGUAAAUAAAUCAAAAUUAGAAACUUCUUCCAUAGAUACAAUCGAUAAUUCUUCUAAAAAUGAUGAAAUACUAAUUAAUAGUGAGUCGUCUAUAGAUUCAGCUGCUCGUUAUGGAUCAAUAAAAUCAUUUAUUGAACGAGUAUAUUUAUAUAAUGAAUACAAUGAAAAAAAGACAUCGCAUUUAACUGUCACUCAGACUGAUGGUAAAAUACGUAUAUCCGGUAUGCUUCGUAUUUAUUGGAAUAUUAAUACACCGAUUAAACUUAAAUCUGGUCAAUCGAUACCACUCGGUUUAUAUCCGAAAUCAUUGGGUAUUUAUGAUAUGAAUGAAGAUAAAAUGAAUAAUGAGAAUGGUAAUGAUCAACAAUUAUCAAAAAAUUUUGAUUCCGUCUCUAAACGUUUAUGUUAUGAUGAUACUAUUCUAACAAAAUUAUCUUUAUCCGAUGAUAAUGAUCCAAAUCAGAUAGGAAAUCUACGACGUGUUCAAACAAUUCGUGUUUCAUCUAAUCAACGUAAACCAUUACGUAUGGCAUUACCAACAUUUCUUCAAUCAUCAAAUGACGAUGAUGAAGCUCGUUCAUUUAUUCCAGCUAAAGACAGUAUGACAACAGUGUAUAUCGAUAGUGAAACAACAGUUCAUGAAACAAUAUCACUUUUAUUUUCUAAACAUUUUAUUGAAGAAUUAAAUUCGAAUUUAUUUACAUUAUAUAAAGUUGAACAACGUAAUGGUAAUUGUAUUGAAAUGAGUGAUGAUGAUUAUCCACUUAUAUUACGUAUAUUAGCUGGUCCAUUUGAAAAUGAUAUAUUAUUUUAUUUAAUGGAACAUGGAAAAUCUAAAACUGUUCCAUUAGAAGUAUCAAAUUAUCUUGUAUUACCUGAUGUUAUGUUACGAGCAUUUAUUGAUAAAUUUUCUUAUGAAGAAAUUGAACAUAUACAUAUGAUUAAAAGAAAAUAUUUAGCAUAUAAACAAUUAUUAUUAAGACAAUUUGAAAUAGUUAUAAGUCAAUCAUAA